AAUGAACAAGGAACUGUGAGCAUUAUUUACACUCUGCUUCUUUCUCCUUCUAGAGAAUGUCACUACCAGGUUUGAAAAGUGAAACCACCAGGUCCUGGCAGCAAAUGUGCAUCACUCCCACACAAAGGUCACCAGAAGAUGCUGAGGCUCCUGAGCUGGAAGAGAAUGAUGAAGGUGAUGCAGUGCAGGAAGCAGCCGCUAUCGUCCCAGAGGUGGUGGAGAGUCCAAUGGACAAUGACAUUCCCCUGCAGCCUCCCAACCCCGCGCUGCUGGAGCAGGUGGUGGAGUUAAGCAUCCUGCUGAGCGGGGAGACGUACAGCAACAACCUCGACGAUCCAGCCAGCCUCCACCACCAAAGUCUUAGCAGACAGUUUGCUGGAAAGAUGGAGGACGCUCUGGAGGGGCUUCCUGGAUUUAAGGGUAUGUCCGUACUGGACUUCAGGCCCCAGAAGGACACUCAAGGGCUGGGUAACGUGGUGGUGGUCUACGCCGUCACAGUAGCGGUGGAUGGAGCAGGACUGAGCAACGAUCAACUGGACUACCUCACCUUGCAGUCGAACCGGGUGGAGAACUGGUACCGUGAGGUCGUUGAGCUCUCCACGGAGGUCUACACCAUCAGAAACGUAAACACUGAAGACCCGCAAGGCAACGAGGUGGAAAGGGUGUCUGAGGGCGCCGAGUCUGACAAUGCAGCAGACGCAGUCAUGAUUGAUGCUGUUGAGGAGCCACCACAGGCCCCCAUCCUGGAAGAGGACGCAGAUGUUGUCAAAGAAGACUACGCCCUGCCUGAGCCCUCUGAAACCGACGCGGUGUCAGACACAGAAAAUGACGUAAUUUUCCUGGAGGAGGGCGAAGUUGUGUCUCCUGCUCCUGGACUUACCACUGGUGCACCUGAAGCUGGCAGCAUUGAGGAGGAGGGUCUGUUGCUGGAUGACACUUUGCAGACUCCUGCUGUGGAAACCCAUCUACCAGAGGAGCUCCCAGCUGAGCUUCCCUCCUCUGAGCUGCCAGAGGGCGUCACACUGCCUGAACCCCCAGUGGAGGUGGAGGCCUCUGGUUUGACCACAGUUGACCUGGAGGACCUGCUCCACCCUUCUACGCCGACGGCGGAAGGAGAAGUUUCCUUUAAGGAGACUGGCGCAGAAGAUGGGCCGAUAACAGAAGAUGUCGAGGUUGCGGCAGUGGGAGAAGAACCUACUGUAUAUGAGGCUGAGAUGCCAGAGGAGCUUGAGGCCGCUACAAUUGCAGCAGAGACCGUAACAGAAGGCCUGCCUGUGCUGGUCCCACCUGCUGAGGCUGUAGAUGUAGAGAGUGAAGCAGAGCCGGAAGCUGAGCCGGAGGCAACAGAAACGGGUCUGCUUCCUGAUGGUGAAGAACUGGUGGUGGGUACGGGAGAAUCCAGCCCUGCAGAUGUUCCAUCUGCAGAUGAGGAAGUAAAUCCCAAACAGCCCGCGGAAGAAGGGGACAUCGGUAAGGUGGGGACCUAUCCCGAGGAACAUGUAGUUGAAUCCGGUAGCAUGGAGGAAGCAAAAGAGAGCCAAGAGGGACACGACGUGAGGAAAGAGACGGCACCUGAAGCUCCCCCUGCAGAGGCAGCUCCAGGUAUCUCCAGAGAGGACCUUACAGAGGAUGAAGUCUUGCUGGUCAACAGAGAUCAACUCCAGCCAGCUCCAGAGAGCGAGUCGCCUUUCACCCAUAUCUCUGAAGUUGACCCUUCCACCCAAAGGCAACCUGACAUCAUAAUCCCUUUAGUGGUGGAGAUCCAGACCACUGAGCAAGGCCUGAAGGAUGAAGAACGAGACUAUGAUGUGAUCCACUAUAGUUAUGAUUUGAUUAACCACACAGAGGAGGGCAGCACCGGCUUUCCGUUCGGCACAGACCGAGCCAGUAUCGCCAUGCCUGCGAACCCUGGACGAGCACUGAUGGUGUUCUUCAGCCUGCGGGUGACCAACAUGAUCUUUUCAGAUGAUCUCUUUAACAAGAGCUCUCCUGAAUACAAAGCUUUGGAGCAGCGUUUCAUUGAGCUGCUUGUGCCAUACCUGCAGUCCAACCUGAGCAACUUUGAGAACCUGGAGAUCCUGAACUUCAGGAACGGAAGUAUUGUCGUCAACAGCCGGAUGAAAUUUGGAAAACCUGUGCCACAAAGUGUCACCACCACAGUCUAUCUGAUCCUGGAGGACUUCUGUAAUACAGCCUACCAGACUAUGAACCUGGCCAUCGAUAAGUACUCACUGGACGUCGAGUCAGGUGACAAGGCCGACCCCUGUAAGUUCCAGGCGUGUAAUGAGUACGCAGAGUGUCAGGUGAACAAGUGGUCGGGGGAGGGAGAGUGCGUCUGCAAUGCUGGCUACUUCAGCGUGGAAGGCCUGCCCUGUCAGAGUAUCUGUGAGCUGCACACUGACUUUUGCCUCAAUGACGGCAAGUGUGACAUCAUCCCUGGCCAGGGCGCCAUCUGCAGGUGUCGUGUCGGAGAGAACUGGUGGUACAGAGGAGAGCACUGCGAGGAGUACGUGUCUGAGCCGCUGGUGGUCGGCAUAGCGAUCGCCUCCGUAGCCGGAUUCCUCUUUGUGGCGUCUGUGGUCAUCUUCUUCCUCGCCAGGACGUUACGGGAUCAGUAUGACAAGGAUGAGUCAGAGGACCCCAUUCGGCGAGCAGAGAGCCUCCCGUCUCUAGAAAGGGCGACCAAGUACAACCCCAUGUAUGAGAGUGAAGCCACCACCGGCUACAGCCAUUACUACCGCCGCUACCCCGAGGCUCUCGUGUACAGCAGCGCCAGCGCAGAGGCCUCCACCGACUUCAGCAGCGAGGAGAUACGACACAUCUACGAGAACAGUGAACUGACCAAGGAGGAAAUCCAAGACAGGAUACGCAUCAUUGAGCUCUACGCGAAGGACCGGCAGUUUGCAGACUUUGUACGCCAUCAUCAAGCUGUCGUGGAUACCCGCAGAGAGAGCUCAUCUGCACACACAUGAAACCCUCCUGGGAAAAAGCAAGCAUGGCGCUCAGGAUCUGGACUGAACUUUUUGAUCUCCACUAACGAGCCCUUCCUGAGUCUCCGGAUGAACCUACAUGUUGACUGCUCUUCCUCCUUCCUCUGUGCCUUCUCCUGACUCGAAGAGCUGGUUGUGACAUCAAGAGUUGCUCAUCUGCUGGACGUCUCCCUUUGUGGAAACUGGACUGAAUCCUCUUACUUGAACUGUUCAUCACAAUCUGUCAGUAUCGCUUUUGUUUAGUGGAAUAAUUGGUUUUGUUUCAUUGUGUUAAAACUGUCCACACCUAAAGGGAAGAACUUAAAAAUAUGAAUGUGUAUAUAGUGAUACUGUUGAGAUGUUUGCUCCUUAAGAUAUUAAUCUAUACUUUUCUUUGUCUCUACGAAGGUCAAAUUUCCUCUUUAGAUUUUCCUCAGAAAGGCACUGAGAAAGUUGUUUGUCUUUAAUCAAUGGUGCUAACCUAAUUUAAAAUGUAAGAGUCUGUAAUAAAACAUUUUUACAAACACCAGUGGAUCAAUUCUGGGCACACUACUGUGCAUUAGAGAAAUAGUUAACCAUUUGGGGGAAAGCAAUCAAUGGGGAAGAUAUGCUUAUUCCCUUUCUGAGACUUAAUUGAGACGAUGGAUUGGACCCUUAUAUCUUAUAGGACCAUCGGAUGCUGCUAGCUUAGCGCAAAAAAAUAGUGAAGCAACUGGCCUGACGCUGCCCUGAGCUCACGAGAUCUGCACACCGAAGUGCAUGCAUUUUAAGAAAACACUAAAGUUCAAUUAUUCCUUUGAGAUGGCUAAAUGUGGUGCUAGUCUAUGUAUUAUUACUAGAAGCAGCCUUUCACAAUCUGAACAUUAUUGCAACUAUUUUUCUUGGGGUGGUUGAUUUUUCCGCCUCUUUAACUACAUCAGUAGAAAGCUUGGGUGUGUACGUUUGUAGAGGUACGGUGUGGUCGACACGAGACAGUGAAAACAUGGUGUUGACAGAAAGGCAGAGAGCAUGAACCUUUUAAAGUUCUGGGAUUCAGAAAUAAGUGAAAACAUGCUUCAGUGAAAAAUGCUGUGGGGCAAGAGGCCGAGGGAUUCAUUCAAACGGUCUGCUUUCACAUCUUGUGUGUAAUGAACCUGAAAAAAACAGGAAAGGCAACCUGAUAAACAACUCGCUCUCUUUGGAGAAAAAACAUCUUACGCUGCAUCUCCUGCUGAAACAACUUCAAGGCUACCAACAGUUCUUUAAAAAAAGGAUCUGCCUCGUGACUACUUGUUUGGCUACCAAGCUGCUCCUCAAUCGGAAAACCUUCUGACCGAUCAAAUCCAGUGUUUUCUUUGGUCCUCUCACAUGUUCCUCCCUGAACAUGUCGGCCAGUGUAAAUGUCGGAGUAAGUUUCCUAUUGCUCCUUUCCUAACUUCUAGUUUACAUUACAUGCUUUUUUUACUCUUAUUUCAGAGGUCUACGCAAGCGAAACUAAC